CCAUCACAUUGUCACAUUGGCUAAUCGCUUUCACGCUGCAAGCUGCAAGCUAGUGUUAGGUUAUCCUAAUUAAUUUCAUCAUCAUCUCUUCAUCUUCUUCUUCUGAAAUAUACAUACGUAAAAAGCACGCUUCUUUCCCACCUAUCAAACACUCGGAAAUCAUCCUCUGGAUCUCUCUCUAUAUAUACAGAUUCUUCGUUUCAACUUCCCCCACUUACUCGACUGCGCUCUGCAUAAAAGCCUGGAGCGCGCAUAUAUCCAACAUAUACGUACUGCUCAUACUUAAUUCUCUAAUUUAUUCUUUCGAAGUUUCAAUGGGAAUCUGAGAAAUCCGUGAAAGAUGAAUUUGAAUAUUGGAUUCGUUGUGGUCGUGUUGGCUCUGCUCACGAGCGUGCCCCUGCGCAUUAACGCGCAGGAGCGGCUCCUCGUGCCCAUGACUGUUGUCCGGAACGCUUCCGCUCUCGGUGCUUUUUGCUUGGAUGGGAGUUUGCCGGCGUAUCAUCUGCACAGGGGAUUCGGAGCCGGAACAAACAACUGGCUUUUGCAGUUCGAGGGUGGUGGGUGGUGCAAUGAUUUAGCGUCGUGCUUUGAGAGAGCCAAUACACGCAGAGGAUCAACGCGUCUCAUGACCAAGUUUGAAGUCUUUUCUGGAAUUCUAAGUAACAACGCUUCUUUUAAUCCAGAUUUUUACAAUUGGAACCGUGUGAAGCUUAGAUAUUGCGAUGGAGCCUCAUUUGCUGGAGAUGCCGAGUUUGACAAUGGGACGUCAUUGCUUUAUUUCAGAGGGCAAAAAAUUUGGGACGCAAUCAUUCAUGACCUUCUACCAAAAGGUUUGGGGUGUGCGCGUAAGGCUUUGCUUUCAGGUUGCUCUGCUGGAGGUUUAGCAUCCUUUUUGCAUUGUCAAAACUUCACCAAUUACUUACCAGAGAAUGCCAGUGUGAAGUGCUUAAGCGAUGCUGGAUUUUUUCUUGAUAAAAGAGAUAUAAGUUUGAACUACACCAUGAGAUCCUUCUACAAAAAUCUUGUUUCGCUACAGGGGGUGGAACAGAAUCUUGAGAAAAACUGCACCAGUUCCCUCAAAUUGCCUUAUCUGUGCUUCUUCCCACAGUAUGCAUUGAAAUACAUAACCACGCCAUUUUUUAUCUUGAACUCGGCUUACGAUGUAUUCCAAUUUCAUCAUAUAUUGGUGCCAUCUUCUUCUGAUUUGCAUGGACACUGGAAUCAUUGCAAGCUGAAUCCAGCCGCAUGUGAUGAAACCCAGAUAGAGACAUUGCAAGGUUUCAGGCGUGACAUGCUUUUAACAUUGAGAGUGUUCUUCAAAUAUUCAAGAAGAGGAGGGAUGUUCAUAAAUUCAUGCUUUGCUCAUUGCCAGAGUGAGUCACAAGACACAUGGUUUGGAGAUGACUCACCGAGAAUUCAAAACAAGACCAUUGCAGAAGCGGUUGGCGAUUGGUACUUCAGCAGAAGGGUGACCAAAGAGAUUGAUUGUGCAUAUCCGUGCGACAGUACCUGCCACAACCUUAUACCGUAGUUUCAGGUACCAUAUAAAGAUUCAAAGGUUAGGAGGAAUGAUAAAGUUGUUUUCACAGGCUGCUCCAGUUCUCAAAAUGAAGCCGUUAGUAGCUUUUGAAGAUAUUAAGGGACAAGGGGAGGGACCAUUCAUACAACAAUGAUGAUUAUAGCAUCUCUACAAAAAGAAAACUAGAAAAUAUUUCAGGUGUCUCACAUUUUUUUUCAUUCAAUUGAUCAAUAGAAUACACUGAUUCUUCUCCAGACUCGCAGAAACUAAAAGGACUAUAUUGGUUAUUGGCAAAGACAGAUUGCAUACAAGAUUGAAUUUGUACAACUGAUUGCAGUGCGAUUCUAUAAUGGUUUUUGUAUCAUUUAGGCUAUGAAAGUGUAAUGUACUUGAAUAAUUAAGCAAUGAUUCUUUCUAGUUGAUCA